AUGCCUGGCGCCACUACAGGCCAAAAGCUGGACCUUUCCAAGCUCACAGAUGACGAGGCCAAACAUGUGUGGGAAGUCGUCCAGCGGGAUUUUGACCUGAGGAAGAAAGAGGAAGACAGGCUUGGAGAUCUGAAGACCAAGAUUGAGAAGGAAGACACCAAAAGAGAGUUGUUGGGCAACCAGACCAGCCUGACUGAGUCUCACUGUAUUCGAUGUCUCGAGCCCUUUAAGUUCCUGGUCAACAGCAAGCGUCAAUGUCUGGACUGCCAGCUGUACAUCUGCAAGUCCUGCAGUCGCUACAACAAGAAGGAGCUCGGCUGGGUGUGUGAUCCAUGUCGCAUGGCCAGGGUCCUCAAGAUCGGCACUUUGGAGUGGUUCCAUGAAAACGUCCGUGCCCGUUUCAAGCGCUUCGGCAGUGCUAAGGUGAUGCGAUCACUGUUCAAAAGGCUGAGUGGAGAUCACGACUGCUCUCCGGAUGAUCUUGGAGCAGAUGGAUAUGAGGAGCACAGUAUUGAUGCCACAGAGUCACUACAACACUACCAAGGGAUGAAAAAGACCAAAAGGCGGUUAACUGUCGAUCCCUUUGAUUUGGAUCUGGACUACUCCAUCGACUCAAGAAGACAAUCCCAUCAGGCCCCAGGCUCCCACGACAUCACGGUCACGGAUGUAGCUGUGAGGGAGUCGAUGCUUGCUGAGGCUGACAUGGCCUUUGUUUUCCAACAGAUUUUGGACGAUCAAUGCAGAAGUCUGGAGUUCAAUACGGAUGUUGGACUUGACCUCAGCCGGAGGAUGGACCUUAGAUUGGCUCCGCAACAGGAUGACCUUGUGUACCCGGACAACCGAACUAUCCCAUCUCGCUCCAUCUCCCGACUCAGCUACUCUUCAUGUGGCAGCGGAAGUGCUGGAGGCGCCCGAGGAAGCAGCAUCUAUCUGCCCGGCCCUGAUUACUCGGAGGAAGAGGACGUCCACAGCCAGCUCUACCCGUUCUACCAGUCUCAUCCUGGUGCUUACAGCCACACAUCCCAGGAGAGCCUGAACUCAGCCAACCCUCCACCACAGGUCACUGACUUGAACAGACGCAUGUCAGCCAUUGAGGCCCUCUUGAACCGCUUAGAACAGAAGGUCACCCCGACAUACGACCAGACUCCAGACAGCGCCUCUCCUCUUCCUCAGUGGGAGGAAGUGGACCUAGAGGAGCAGCAGCUAAGACAGAAGCUGCACGAGAUGACGGACAACAUCAGCGACCACAGCCUCUCUGAUGAGGAAGAAUCAGAGAAGGUAAACAUGCCAGUAAAAUCCCAGGAGAUCCAAGCAUGGAGGAGUCCAGAGAGAGAAGCCAAGCCUUCUAGGAUACCUUCCAGACCCACAUCCAGAACAAGUAUCGUGCUCUCCCGAGUCGGGGAGAGGCAGCCUGAGCAGACUCUCUCUCUGAAGACAAACUAUUCAACAAACAGCCUGGAUAGGAGGCGGCCCCCCCGGGAGGAGGGAAUGAAGUCAAGCAUCAAAGGCUCAACAGCCUUACUUGUUGAGCUGUCGGACAAGGUAGCCCAAGCAGCUGCUGAUGUCCAGAAUGCCCAGAGUGAGGUCUCUUACAUCGAGGAUAGGAUUGCUGCUCUGAACGCUGCUGGUAUGCCAACGGAUAAAAAGAGAAGGUCUGCAAUCCCGGUCCAAGCAAGAAGGCCUUCCCACAACUUUCCCACAAGCCAGGUGGACAGGUUUGAGAGGAACUCCCUCUACAGGGGCUCCCUGACACAGAGGAACCCAGUGGCCAAGCCCAAGACCACGGCCCCCUGUGCGAAGCCAGUAAUGACGCAGGGUUCAUGA